GGUAUUUAACCUGCAGUGGACAAACGAUUAUUUUUUUGUUCAAUGCAAAGAAAAGGCUGUUUGUCUCAUCUGUCAAGAGACGGUGGCGGUAUUCAAAUAAUACAAUCUUCGCCGACACUAUGAAUCCCGUCACAAAGACAAGUACGAUAGCUUGCAAAGUGCAAAGUGUUGACGUGGGAUUCUGUAAUGAAGGUUGUGGUGUCGUGCAUAAACUUCAUCAGAGCAAAGGGACUUAAACACAGGCAGUUCCAAGAAUUCCUGUCUGAACUGGAGUCUACGCACGGAGAUGUGCUGUACUACACAGAGGUCCGAUGGCUGAGCCGGGGCAGAGUUUUGAGGCGUUUUUACGAGCUGCUACCCGAAAUUAACGCAUUUCUUCAUUUAAAAGACAAAACGGUCCCAGAGCUGAUCGACCCAGAAUGGAAAUGGCACCUCGCAUUUUUAACAGACGUGACAGAAAUACUUAACAGCCUUAACUUGCAGCUACAAGGCGAGGGGAAACUCAUUUGCGACAUGUAUUCACACAUAAAAGCAUUUGAGGUGAAAUUAGCGCUGCUUUUGGAACAAGUGAAAAAGCGCAACUUCGUCCAUCUUCCUGCUACCCAAAACCUGUCGACAGAGAACCCAGCGGUCCCGUUCCCAGCUGAAAAGUGCGUGGAAGCACUGGAAAUGCUGAAGGCGGAGUUCGGUGUGCGAUUCAGUGAACUACAUGUUCAUGCAAAAGAAAUCCGUCUUUUUCAGAACCCCUUUGUUGCCGACAUUGAUGAAGCCCAGCCUUCAUAUCAGUUUGAGUUGGCUGAGUUACAGAACUGUGAUGUUCUGAAAGACGCAUUCAAGCCCAACAGUCUCAUUGACUUCUAUGCCGCCCUCCCAAACGACACAUAUCCAAACAUCAAAAAACACGCAAUGAAAAUGUCCACAGUUUUUGGCAGCACGUAUAUCUGCGAGAAAACCUUUUCUCGCAUGAAACUGCUGAAAACUCAGAUGAGAUCAAGAUUGACAGAUGAACAUUUGCAUCAGUGCUUGAGACUGGCUGUAACUAGAAUGGAACCUGAUAUUCAACUUCUCACCAGCCAGAUGCAGGCCCACAGUUCACACUGAUGAACAUACAUAGGGAAGUUGAUGAGAGAGAGCUGCAAACAGCGGUGUCUACAAGCC